AUGAAGUUCAUCAUAAUACUACUGAUUAUAUUAUCAUAUAAUGUCCAUUCAAAUAGAACAUUGAAAUUCAAUGAAUUAUGGAAGAAAUGGAAAUCUCUAUAUACUAAACAAUAUAAUGAUCCAAAUGAAGAAUUGAUUCGACAAAGAAUUUGGAAUAAGAAUCUAAUCAAAAUUCAAUUGCAUAAUUUACGUUAUGAUUUAGGCUUUGAAACAUAUUCUAUUGGUUUAAGUCGAUUUACCGAUAUUGAAUGGAAUGAAUUUUGUUCAAUGUAUAAAGUUGACAAAAGAAUAAUCAUUCCUGAAUCAUCUUUUAUUGAAGAAGAUUAUGAUGUGAAUAAUAUUGGUUGGACACCGGAUUCAUAUGAUUGGCGUCAUUUGAAUAUUGUGAAUGAACCAAGAGAUGAAGGUUCAUGCAUUGGUUCUUAUGCAUUUGCUGUAACAGCUGUAACUGAAUCUCAAUAUGCUUUACGUACAUCUUAUCGAAAAAACUUUUCUGUACAACAGUUUAUUGAUUGUACACGUAUAUAUGGUAAUAUGGGAUGUCAUGGUGGUUACACAUUUACAUUGUUUAUUUAUUUACAAAAUUUUGGAUUAGAAACAGAAGAGAAUUAUCCUUUUACGGGUGAGGAUCAAGAUUGUCUAGCAAAUAGUUCAGAUGUGAUUGUUCAAUCGAUUGGUUAUAAAUUUCAUCGACAUGGUUAUGAAACAAUUUUGAAAUGGGCAGUGUACAAUGAAGGUCCAUAUGUAAUUUCUAUGAAUAUUGAUGAAAAGUUUUUACAUUAUAAGUCAGGAAUAUAUCAAUCUGAUACAUGUACACAUUAUAAUUUAAAUCAAAGUAUGUUACUUGUUGGUUACGGUUAUGAUAAUGAUGGUAACGAUUACUGGAUAUUGCAAAAUAAUUGGGGAACAAAUUGGGGUGAACAAGGUUACGUGAAAGUACUUCGUAACAAUUGGAAUAUGUGUGGAAUUGCUUCAAUGGCAUUUCGACCAAUAUUACGAGGUUUUUAA